AUGGAGGCCCAAUUGGAGGGGUUGACUGCAGAUAGCGACAGAAUAAGAUGCAUCCCCACGUUCGACAACCAUGACGAGCACCGUAGGCACAUUGCGCUGCACAUGGCCGCCGUCUUCCGCAACUGGGCGCGUGUCGGCUUCACAGAGGGCAUCUCUGGUCACAUCAGCGUGAAGGACCCCGAGUACGACAACCUGAUCUGGAUGAACCCCAUCGGCAAGCACUUUGCCCUUCUCAACGCCGGUGACAUGAUCUGCCUCGACAUCAACACUGGUAAGAUUGUCGGCGGUAACAGGACACGGCCUUGCAACAACCCGGGCUUCUUCAUUCACUCUGAGAUUCACAAGGCCCGCCACGACAUCAAAUCCAUCUGCCACGCCCAUAGCAUCGCGGGCCGCGCAUGGUGCGCCUUUGGCAAGCCCCUUGACAUGAUCCAGCAGGACAUUUGCGACGUCUACGGCACCCUCGCCGUGGACAAUCAGUAUGGCGGCAUCGUCACUGCCGAGCAAGAGGGCCAGAACAUCGCCAAGGCUCUCGGCCCCAAGGGCAAGGCCGCGCUGCUCAUGAACCACGGUCUCGUCACCGUCGGCCACACCGUCGACGAGGCGAGUUUCCUGUUCGGCCUCGUGGACAGGAGCUGCGAGAUUCAGCUCAAGGUCGAGGCGGCCUGUGGCGGCAACCCGGAGCUCAAGAAGCAGAUCAUCAGCCAUGAGCUUGCGGAGGCGAAUGCCAAGAUGGCGGGAGAGAAGCACUGGCUGUAUGAGGAGGGCCAGCCCGACAUUGGCCUCGAAAUUGAGCUUGGAGGAGACAAGAUUAUGAGUGGGAUGGAGAACAUCAAGAUCUGGCCAGAGUACCUGCCAUAA